UUAUUGCGUCCCUUGUAUUUCAACAGGAGAAGAAAGAAAAAAAAAUUAAUCUUAAGAUGCAAAACCAACCAAAAAAUAAAAACUUAAAGAAUCAAAGUCUGGUGGAAAAGAGAAAUCAACAACAGAUGCAACAAGCAUUGCAAUUGGAGAUUCGUCGACAAAGACAGGAGAUUCAUUUAAAUAAUGAAAUAAUACAUAAGCAGGUGAAGCAGAUACGUAGAGAACAACGGGAGCUAGAGAAGCAGCAACAGAAAAUAAAAGAAGAAAAUCGACAACUAGAAAGAAAGCUACUUCAAGAAAAUGAACAAAAAAUGAAUGACAAUCCAUCACCUGCCACCAACGACAUUGCCGUUGCGCCAACUGAAUUGGCAAUGGCAGCAGCUGCUACCGAUAGUCAACCAUCGAGCCAGAGCCGCCGAGAUAAUAUUGCUGCUGUCGACGUGUCAGAAAAACAGGUGUGUGUUGAUAACAUUCAGAACGACUUGUUGCGAGCUGAGCAAGGUAAAGAGCAGGGAGCGGAAUUCCAAAAAGUUGAGAGGCGUCGUCGUAGAAAGAAGAUCGACGAACUGCUUAAGACCCCGAUUCAGGUUACGCAAGUGACUCAUGAGCUCCCUGUCGUUGAAGCGACAGACAUAACAUCAAAAGAUCUUACGGAAGUCCGAGAUUCGAUUGGGAACAGCCAGAACGAGCUAAAUGAGGAUCACGAGGCGAUAUUUGGAGCUUUGAUAACAGAACAUGACCCGGAGACUAGCAGUAUUUGUGCUGAGAAGAAAAACCAGAAUAAUAAAAAAAUAAAAAAUAAAAAAAUGUCACAAGAGCUGGAACAACAAUUAUUAAAGGGAGAGCUUCGACGACAAAGACAAGAAAUUCAACUGAAUAAAGAAAUGAUUCAAAGACAGGAAAAACAGAAAAGGAGAGAAAAGCAACAGGAAUUAGAGAAACAACAAAUCCUAAAGAAAGAAGAAAAACGCCAACAAUUAGAAAGAAGGCGUCUCGAUAAGCUAUCUCAGCGACAAACCGCUACACCUGCCACCAACGACAUUGCCUCUGCGUCUACUAAAUCGGUAAAGGCUGAAUCCAUUAUCUAUAAUCAACCACCGGGGCAUAGCCUUGAAAAUAAUAAAACUGAAGUCGAUGUAACGAAUAAACAGAUAUGUGCUGAGAACGACGUUUUGCUGAAAUCGUCACAAGCUGUGGAAGACAAAGCUAUGGAAGAUCAAGAAAUGAACCAGCAUUUGAGAGUGGAGCUUGAUAAUGUGCCGCAGACACUGACGACUCAGAUUACGAGCUUCGCUCACGAGAUCGAUGAGAGUGAUGUCGUCGAGGACACAAUAAACAGACCACACAUCGAGGACUUAAAGGCUCUCCUCGAUUCCGUCAGGGACUUAAAGUUUUUGGAAUGUUCGGAAAAAAAUGUGAACUGUGAUUUCAAAAAUGAGCAACUUUGUGAAAAGCACGACACGGCGAUCAGUAGCCUACGUAAGGAGUUUGAUGAUAUCCUCGCAAAGUACACUAAUGUUUGGACAGACAUUGACUUUGAUGUCAUGGUUGACGAAGUGCGUGUGGAAUGUGAAAAUGACAGUCUACAGGUGAUUGAAAAGCUUAAAAAGGAUCACGAGGAGGAGGUUAAGAAUUUACAUAUAUACUAUAGUUCGAGGAUUCAUGAUAUCCAUGUAAAUAACCAGACUUUGAUCAAUACUAUUCAAAGAAGUCACGAUUCCUCAGUUUUCCAUUUGCGUAAUUUAAAUUACAAUCAGGGCGUACGACAAGAAGCCGCGUUGCGAAGUAUGCGUGAGCUUAAAGAAAAAACGCGCAAAGAGCACGAGAUUGCGAUCAAAGGUUUAAUUGAAGAAAAGGAACUUCUUUGUACAGAGCACGAGAGGGUGGUUCGAGAAUUGCAAGAGAUAAAUCAAUCGCUGAGAAUGGAAAUCGAGACCAUAACGAAAAUACAUUUGCCUUCUAAAUGUGAGACCGUGAUCAAGAUGGUGAGGAAUAAGGAUGAUUCCCUGGUAGUGAUAACAAGUCCAGAUCUCACUUUGCAAAAUGGAACUGUCCCAACUGAAGUGGAGAGACUUCAAUGUCAGCUAGCCGGGGAGGAUCAACAGCGUUCCAUCGUAGUAGCACAUCAGCAGACAACCAACGGCGACGACAAUAACGAUUCUGACACCACAACGAGCACUAUCGAUGACAGCGAUGAAUUAGACAUGAUAAAGUCUCAAGACACAACGUCUCCAAACACUUUAGAAGAUUACGAGCAAAUAUUUUAUGAAACGGCAGAAAAGCUGAGCCUGUUACAUAGGUACGUUUCCAGAAAUGAAUCAAAUUGUUCGUCUCAGGAGGACGACCUACAACAACAGGACGAUUUAGAAGUAGACGCCCACAGUCCACAAAAUAGUCAUAGCAACUCAAAAGAUGAAGACUAGGAUGAAAGUUACGCUAUGGCAAUGAUGGUAAAAUGAUUACCAAACAAAAAAUUGAUAAUUUUGGUACGUAAUUAUUUUCACUUUAUCACUUGUUCCUAAACUUCAAGCUGGGACGGUUAUUAGCUUAUUAUUACUAUCAUUUCUGUAGGUAAUAAUAUUUUAAACAAAAGACAAUAAA